AUGCAGACUGCUUCUAUAAAACAUUUGUGAAAGAAUGGGUCACUCUCAGGAGCUCAGUGAAUUCAAGCGUGGUACUGUGAUAGGUUGCCACCUGUGCAAUAAGUCUAUCCAUGAAAUUUCCUUGCUACUAAAUAUUCCACAGUCAGCUGUUAGUGGCAUUAUAACAAAGUGGAAGCAACUGGGAACAACAGCAACUCAGCCACGAAGUGAGCGGGGUCAGCGCAUGCAGAAGUGCACAGUGCGCAGAAGUCGCCAACUGUCUGCAGAGUCAAUAGCUAAAGACCUCCAAACUUUGUGUGGCAUUCAGGUUAACAGUAGUAUGUAGAGAGCUUCAUGGAAUGGGUUUCCAUUGCUGA